AUGUUGGAAAAUUAUAGUUACCGUACUUGUUUUUUAUCUUCAAUCCCUUCUUCUACUUGUUCCAGUCGAAGCCAUAAAAACUGCAUCUUUCCUCUCACAAACACUACCGAAUUCAAAGUGAGAUGUGUUGAGAGUGAGAGAAAAGCCCUAUUAAGCUUCAAACGAAGUCUCACAGAUCCCUCCGACCGACUGGCUUCUUGGGUAGGCAAAGAAUGCUGCAUUUGGAAAGCCGUUUAUUGCGACAUCCAAACUGGUUAUGUCAUCGGCCUUGAUCUCAAUGAUAGAUCAAACAAUUGCUAUUGGAAGAAAUUGGGACAUUUGAUUCCAGGCAAUUCAACAUGCUUCGGUGGCAAGAUAAGUCCUGCUUUACUCGAAUUGCGAUACUUGAAGUAUUUAGACCUUGGUGGUAACGACUUCCAAGGACUUGCCACUCCCAAUUUCUUGGGUUCUCUUAAAAAUUUGCAAUGCCUUAACCUCAGUCUUUCAUCUCUUGUUGGUAUUCCUCCUUCAUUUGGAAACCUAUCAAAUUUACGUCAUUUAGACCUGUGGGCAUAUUCCUAUCCUAUCGAUACUGUUGAAAGAAGUUGGGUCAAAGAUUUGAAUUGGGUUUCCGGUCUGUCUUCUUUGAAGUACAUUGAUCUUUCUUAUGUGAACCUUUCUUUGGUGAAACAUUGGCUUGAAGCUUUUAAUAAGCUGCCAUCUUUAGUGACUCUGCGGGCCGUUCCAGCAUCUAUUGAACAGCUUUCACGGUUGGCAAAGUUGGACAUGGGAGAGAAUCAACUGUCGGGACCCUUACCUGAGAGUAUAUUUAAUUUUUCUGAAUUAACUGCCUUGCGGCUGACAACAAAUUAUGCUUUGGAAGGCAACCUUGCCCAAAAUCACUUUGCAAGAUUCCAUGGACUGACAGUUUUAUCCCUAUCUUGUGGAAGAAGUUUUUCGGUCAACUUGACCAAUGAAUGGGUUCCUCCAUUCAGCCUCACACAUAUCAAGCUUAGAAGUUGCAGUUUGGGUCCCAAGUUCCCGACAUGGCUGGAAACUCAAAAGCAACUUCAGUUUGUCAUUCUCACCAAUGGCUCCAUUUCAGAUCCUAUACCUCCUUGGCUUUGGACACUGUGCUCACAAUUGCAAUGGCUCGAUCUAUCAGAUAAUCAGAUUGGUGGAAGUCUUCCGAGGUUAGUAAAUUUUCCAUCAACAUCCCAAAACUGGACAGUGGGUUUCUAUUUUAGUUACUAUUAUGGUGUCGUGGUGGACUUGAGUUCCAAUCGCUUCCAUGGUUUGUUACCUCUUUGGCCAAAUGUGACACAUUUGAAUCUCGCAAAGAACUUGUUUUCAGGAUCUAUACCCUUAAACAUCGGUCAUGUGAUGACAAAACUUCAAGUGUUAGAUCUUUCUAGAAAUGCUUUUAUAGGAUCUAUACCUUAUUCAAUAACAAGAGUGAACAAGCUAUUGAGAUUGGACCUUUCAGACAAUCAUUUGUCUGGAAAGAUUCCUCAUUGGUGGUAUGAAUCGCAACAACUUCAGGUCAUAGAUUUGUCAGGGAAUAAUUUUACAGGUGGAAUUCCUCCUACAAUAUGUUCACCACCUUCAUUUUUUUGGUUGAGAUUGAGUCGCAAUAACCUUUUUGGAGAACUUCCAAAAUCAUUAAGCAAUUGCAAAAGCUUGCUUGCACUUGAUAUUGGAGAGAACAAAAUCAGUGGCACCAUACCUGAGUGGUUCGGAGAAAGUCUCUUAUCUCUGCAAAUACUUAGAAUGACGCAUAACAUGAUUGAUGGAUGCAUUCCACCACAACUAUGCCAACUUUCUAGCCUCCAAAUUCUUGAUCUUUCACAUGACCAUUUGACGGGUUUUAUUCCUUCCUGCCUGGGAAGUUUCAGAGGUCUUAAGUCCAUGAAAUUUUACAGGUGGUUUCCCAACUACUUCUAUUUCAGCUAUGUUUUUACACCCAAUAUGGAGUUGGUUGAGAAAGGAACAAAGAGGACUUACACCUUUACCUUAGACCAAGUGAAUCUUAUUGAUCUUUCCUGCAACAAUCUUCACGGUGAAAUCCCGAAUGAGAUUACUGGAAGAAUUCCAGAGGACAUAGAGAGAAUGCAGCAAUUGGAGACCCUAGACCUUUCCUCUAACAAUAUCUCAGGUUCCAUCCCAUUGAGCAUGACUUCCAUUACCUUAUUGUGCUAUCUUAACUUGUCAUAUAACAACCUUGGUGGCCCUAUCCCAACAACGAACCAAUUUGGAACGUUCACUAAUCCUUCAAGCUUUGAAGGUAAUCCAGAACUGUGUGGGAAACCACUGAUUACGGAUUGCUCUCUACCCAGAAAAAAGGAAAUGGAAACGAAAAUUGAAGAUGAUGAGGAUGAGGAUGAAAUAAGGCUAUGUUUUUUUGUGAGUGCGGGAAUGGGAUUUGUUGUCAUGUUUUCAGUGACAUUUAGCAGCUUGAUGAUAAACAAUUCGUGGGGAUACUGCUGCUUUCAUUUCAUGGAGGAAGUUGGGGAAAGAAUUAUCAGGUUUUGUUUGGGUUUCAUGGCUUGCUUGAAUAGGAUUUUUAGCGUCAAAAGGAAUUAG